CGAGUUAGUGAAACCGCGUUUUAAUUCGUUAUAAAUAAAUGUAAUAUAGAAUAUAUAAAUAGUAUAAUAGAAGUGUAAUGUUUAUUGUAAUAUAUAUAUACAACUUUGCCUGCGUCGACAUAUGUAUACUGGAGCUGAUAUAUUUAGAAAUAAAAAUUUAGUUUGUGCUAACCAAAACUAUAAUAAUUGUACCAGAUUUCAUCAGAAACCGUGCAGCGAUUUCAGAGUGAUUGAUAAAUAAAUAUGCAUUCGCUUUCGUAAUAUAAAGAUUUAAAUGAAUUUUGUAUUAUUAUAAGUAUGUGGUAAAAUAUAGAAUUUUCUACCAUCUCUUGGGACAUUCCGUUGCAGUGAUUAAGAAGUUUCAGUGAGAAUGAAGUUGCAGUGUGAACACAAUAUGGAGGAAGCCACACCAUCUGAGAUUGGAGAUGACAAACACGUGCAUCUUUCAAAUGGCAAUCAUAGCCUGCGAUCUAGAAGCUUAUCUACAUCCAGUGACGUAAACUUAGAAGGCGAUGAGUCUCAUUCGAAUGAGAUGCCCGCACCACUUUACUACAAAGGCAUUUACUGUCCAACAAUCAUAAACACUUUUAAGACGCGCAGUAUAGAACUUUCCUAUCAAAGGUACUCUCGAAAACAGCGACAGAAAUCAGUCAUUCAAGUCAAUCUCGUUGACUUGGCACUAAAAGUGGCGCUAAUAGGCAUCUAUACAAUAACUGAUAGAGACGAGGCCUGGCCUAGUAUAACACAAGGAACAUGGACGGCCAUGUUCAUGUGUGUCAAUUUGCUGGUGUGCUCCAUCAGUUUGUGGACAAACUUCGCCAACAACCACCUUCACUGGGCUGCCGCCGCUACAUGGAUGUUACUUCUCAUUCAAGCUUUAUGUAAACAAGGGAUCGGCUUCCACGAAUCUCAGAACCAAGUUUGGUACAUGCUCUUUGUAAUAUUUGUACCAUACGCCAUGUUCCCACUGUCUCUGUGCUGGUGCAUCACCUUCGGUAUGCUGUCCAUUGCAGCACAAUUCAUACGGACCCUACUGGAUAUCAACAGGCGCUUAAAAUCUGAAACUACUGCUGUCAACUGUUUUGGUAAUGACUUUAACUGCGCUCUUCGAAUGAUGGCCAGUAAUUUGGCUCUGUACUUGGCAGUGAACCUAGCGGGUUUGUACGCCAAGUCCUUGAUGGACUGGGGACAGAGGAAGGUCUUUCUGGAGACACGAAAAUCUAUGAUCGCAUACGAGAAGACUAAGAAAGAAAGUGACAGACAACUCAAGCUUUUCCGGAGCGUAAUACCAGACUUCAUGGCGGAAAAAAUAAUAAGCAUCUGUACUAAAGGUGAGAUAGAGUUUGAUGAGGAGCAGCUGAGCAAGCUGGUGAGCGUGACGCCCGUCCACCAGGACGUGUCCAUACUGUUCGCUGACAUCAAGGGAUUCACUGAACUAUCCAGUAAAUGCAGUCCAGAAGAUUUGGUGGAUACGCUGUAUGCACUAUUCGCUGGCUUUGACAAGUUAGCAUCGGAGAACAACUGUCUCCGCAUAAAGCUACUGGGUGACUGCUACUACUGUGUGAGUGGAGUGCCGGAGCGGCGUGAGGACCACGCCCAGUGCUGUGUGAACAUGGGGCUCAGCAUGAUACGCGCCAUCCGAGAAGUACGGGAGACUAUGAAGGAUACCAUGGAAGGAGAACUGGACAUGCGCAUCGGGAUCCACAGCGGUAAAGUGCUUUGUGGAGUAUUGGGCCUUAUAAAGUGGCAGUUUGACUUGUGGUCCCGUGACGUCACCCUCGCGCAACACAUGGAGAGUGGAGGAUUGCCUGGACGCGUGCACAUUUCAGCGGCUACUCUGGAAUGCCUAAACGGAGCAUUCGAGGUGGAACCAGGAUACGGUGGAACUCGAGACGCCUACCUGAAGGAACACCAUCCGAACACCUACUUCAUCAAGGUUCCGGAACCAGAUCCAGAACCUAUACAAUACCCGAAAAUUACACAUAGAAACAGUCUGCCGCCUACCUCACAGUUAUCUUGGGAACUGCCUCCGGGCCGCCGACCCAGCAGCCUCGCAGAGGAAUGGACUCCGAAGUUGCCCUUCGAAGAUUGUUAUGAUGCUAAUACAAGCUACGAAGACCUCGCCCAAGACGUGCCGCCUAUAUCAGAUGUUGAGGAAAGUGACAUAAUAAAUCACUUGUUUGAAAGCAACCCCAUGCAACGCAUGCGUUUGCAAUUUAUGUACGGGUGGUCUUUGCGGUUCAACCGGCCUACCAUCGAGGCUCAGUUCGGAAGACUGGACGAGGAGACCUUCAAGUCCAACAUCAUGUGCUGUUUCGUACUCUGGCUCUUCGUUGUAGCUGUACAGAUUCUUGUUUACUAUAACUGUCCAACUCUCAUAGUGGUGUUGGCGGUGAUGACGGUCCCCCUAACGCUCUCCUUUGCUCUGGUGAUGCUUGAGGAGUUCACCUGCGUGCCCAUGGUGCUGUACCGGCUCUCCGUACAUUUCAACAAGAUGCGCACCUUCAAGAUUGUUCACAUCUGCUGUUUUAUCACUGUUAUGACUAUAACCAGUACGGUGAAACUGUACACAUGCCCAUUGCUGUACCUCCCCGAGCAUCAAGACACGAACAUUGCAAUGAAUGUAACCUGUGCACCAGACAAUCAAACAAAUACAGUCAAAGAUCCAGUCGAGUGUUACCGGCCGGAGUACGUGGUGUUCACGUGGGUGCUGUGUCUGGUGGCGCUGACCUCGGUGCUGAAGCUGUACUUCAUCAUCAAGACCAUCCUAGCCAUCGUCAACGUGGUCAUGUACUGCAUCAUACUGGUCGGCUACUACAAAUAUUAUCAGACUAGGAAUGCGUUGCUCCCUGCACAGAUGCUGGUCCUGAUGGUAGGUUUCCUGAUUGUGGUGGUGAUACACGCUCGGCUGCUGGAAGUGAUCUCGCGACUAGACUUCCUCUGGAAACUGCAAGCUAAGACUGAUCUCGACGAGGUGAAGUGGACACAACGGUCUAACAAGAAUUUGCUAAAGUACAUCCUGCCCGACCAUGCAGUGAAACAUUUCCUUAGUAAAGAUUGGCAACAAAAUCCGGACAAACUAUACUCACAUAUGCACCCGGAGGUGGGUGUGAUGUUCGCGAGCAUUGCCAACUUCGACGAAUUUUAUUCAGACAAAAAUGCCUUGAAAUGCAUGCGAAUACUUAACGAAAUUAUAUUUGUUUUCGACAAAUUAAAACUCCAAAAUCGAUACAAGUGCGUAGAAAAAAUAAAGACUGUAGGCGCAAUUUACAUGGCUGCUUCAGGGCUCCAAACUGACCCAAAGAAAGGAGAGAAUCAAGGACAUGAACACUUGUACACACUUGUGGACUUUGCUCUCGCGCUCAAGGAGACUGUCAAGAGUAUCAGCUAUUACGAAUUCCGACUACGGAUUGGAAUAAGCUACGGUCCCCUUGUGGGUGCAGUGAUUGGUGCAACCAAACCGGUGUACGACAUCUGGGGCAACACCGUCAACGAGGCUUCAAGGAUGGAGAGUACUGGGGAGAUUGACAAGAUACAAGUUACUAAGGACACUAAAGAGAUAUUGAGCGGAUACUACGUGCUUGAGAGUUGCGGCAUGAAGUCUGUGAAGGGCAAAGGGAUGAUGGAGACCUGGUUUGUGGUGAAGAAGACUAGAGAGAAGUAUGAAGACGAGAUGAAUGCAUUGAAUCUGGACCAGAAACCGACCACCCCGCCUCGGUCCCUCGCCGCACUUGUGUACUCCAUACUGCAAUCACGAAGACGCAUCAAUACACAUCCACUUGAUGCAUCUUCUAUGCCUAAAAAGAGUGAAGGUGUCCGUAAAAACCGCGCGGUGACGGCGCCGUGUAGCUCGAACCAAAUCGGCAACUUGUGGCGGCCAAGACCGCGGACUGCAAAAACGUUCAGCAAUGAACUGGAACUCGAUAAUGGAACGCGCUUACGGAGACAGAGACCAGCGAACCCUCGGAUAUCAAUCCACCCUGUGGCCCCAUCAAGCAGUUCCACCAACGCGCCUGAUGGAGAUAGACAGUCUACGUGCAUGACACCCGUUGAAGAAGUAACUCGCCGAAGUUUAAGGACCCAGAGUAGCUUCGAUGGGUCAAUCGGAUCAGCGCGUAUGAGGUCCAUUACCAACGCUUUCCUCUUCAAGAACCGAGUGAAAAACAUCAAGAGUGACAAAGUUAAAUUAUGUAUCGAAGAAAGUGGAGAUUAAGAUGUCUAUACUUAUAUUGUAAAGUUGAAGAGUUUGUUUGUUUGUCUGUUAGAACGCUCUAAUCCUCUGAGCUGCUCGUUUGAAUUGAAUUUUUAGUUUAAUAAGGUUUCUGACCGUAUUAUUAAUUAGUAAUUUACCUUUUUAUAUUAGUCAUAGAAUUAAUAGCACUUUCAUUUUUGAUCUCGCACUAUUUUUAUUCUUUAAAAUAUAUUGAGUAAGUAAAUAAUAAGUUUGUAUAGCUAAAGAGCGUUUUAAAAAUAUUUUAAAAGAUUUAUUUUUAAUAAAUAUAAAACACUCUGUAGCUGAUAUUAGUUCAUUAGUAUUAUAUAACAUAUGUAAUUAAAAAUCUGUACUACGUAUUUAUAAGCAAAGCCUAAAUAAAAAACUGAAAUCGA